UUGUUGUUUUUUCCCCCUCUAUAAUAUCUUGGGUAGAUAAUAUCCGGAAAUAACGAGUUAAGUCGAAAUCGCGAGUUUGCGGUCUUCAGUACUUAAUAGACACUAGAGGGAAGUGUUGUGCAGUUUCAUUUCCAGUAUACUACCGUACUAACUACUAUGUGUAGAAUAGAGCGGUUACAGGUUUAUAUACCCACUUAAUAGUGCGACAGUGUGCGACCCAUGUUUCUAUGGGAACGUGAACAAAUCGCUAAACUGAAGGAUUUUUGAGCGUGUUUUAGGCAAAUGGCCAAUGAUUUGGUAAUUCGAGCACUGAAAGCUAACAGCAAGUCGUUAAAUUUGAGCUCGAGGAACAUAACUGAGCUUUCUAAAUGUUUUGCAAAGUUAACUCGGGUUUUAGGGCUACGCUUAAACAACAACCGCCUCACGACUCUGCCUCUCGGACUGCAGGGUAUGCGGCAGUUGACAGAGCUUAACCUGGGCAAUAACGCUUUCGAGGAGGUGCCACCGGUCCUGAAGCAUCUGCACAGCUUGAAAAAGCUGUAUUUGUUCAGGAAUCAGAUUUCCACACUGCAUCCAGAGGUUCUGGAGGGUCUUUCAAACCUUAUUGUUCUCAACCUGAACAGCAACAAAAUCAAAACCAUUCCUACAGCUAUAAAGAGCCUCUUGAAUUUGGAACGAUUCAGUAUUGCAGACAAUCAGCUACAAGAGAUUCCCGCUGAGUUGGGGCUGGUCAGCAAGUUGACAGAGAUGAAUUUAACCAGGAACAAGUUGAGUGAAAUUCCGCAGGAGUUGUAUAAGCUAACACAUCUGAGGAAACUGAGCUUGGCUAGAAACAGUCUCAGAGAGCUACCAGAGGGAAUUCUUGGAUGGAAAAAUCUGAAGAUGUUAGAUGUUGCUGGAAACCACCUGUCUAUGUUUCCAGUCGAUUUCCACGUUCUUGAGCUGGAAGAAUUAUAUUUUGAAGGAAACAAUCUUGUUCGGUUUGAGCUGCUCACGUCCGCUCAAGAGGAGGAAGUUCUCUCAUUAAAGGAACAUGCUGCCAGAUUCAUCCUGAAAGAACAUUUAAAUAAGUCACCUGUGGCGUCCAGGGCUUCGCUACUCCUUCCAGAUAUAGAGACAAUGCUUUCUCGGUUUGGAAGGUGUGCCAUUUGCUUUGAGCCCUUUCUGACCACCUGGGUGGAGUGUGUGCAGUUCAUCAACCUGCGAAAGGACAUGGGGAUAAAAAACUCACAGAAUAUUCCAGUCCGAGUGCUGCUGUGCUCCUAUUCCUGCUUCAACAAGAGCGGCCACUCUUAUUACAGUGUAGCUAAAGUAAAGCCGUAAGAGGUGCCCUGUCACAUUCCUGAAUAUAAUUCCAGUAAUACCUGUCUCCUCUAAGCCUGUCAUUUAGUAGUUUAUUGCUUUCAAAAGCAGGUGAAAUGCGUUCAUCCUUUAUAUAAUUCGCCACCAGGUGGCAGUGUAUGAUCACUCACUGUUUCUGUAUGUUUCGGUGAAAGAACUUUUAGUGUUUGUGAAAGUUCAUGCCAGUCAUAUUGCACCUUACACCCCCCCCCCCCCUUCACCCGUCAAACUCUCAGACUUUCAUUAUUCAUUCUCAUAACUACAUACAUUUACUAUUAGUCUCACUAAAUAACAUAUUCAAUUGUAGUAGUUACUAAAUAAUAUGCUUUAAGACUUUACUCAUUGUAAAGCAUAUUAAAAGGUUAAAAUUUAUGUCAAAGUAUAUUUUAGUUACCAUUUUUGCUUCCACUAAUCACUUUCUUCAAACUUAUUAUUCCUACAUUACACCAAAUUGGUCCUAGGUUUGAAUGUGUGUGUGCAUGCGAUGAACUGGCAUCAUCUAGGGUAUAUCCCUACCUCACACCCAGUGUUCUUGGAAGUGAGUCUAAAUCCACAUUGACCCUGACCAAGAUAAUGUGGUUACUAAAGGCAAAUGAAUAAUAAUAUAUAAUUUGACACUUUCUAAGCAUACACUAUAAUGCAAUAUGUAUUUCCAAACUGGUGAGACGGACGGCCUAGAACAUGGACCAGCAAUUCAUAAUUGACAAAUUUGUUCAUACUUACUGGUGGGCCGGUGACUGAGAAGUCACAUAGUGGUAAAUGGAGAUGAAGCUUUAGCAAAAGAUUUGAAAAAAAUAUUUUUGGUCUUUUGCUAUGGAGGAUGUGCUUGUUUUAAGUAUUUCCACCAUGUCAAUGACUUCCAGGACAAAAAUGUAGUCGCACUAGACCAAUGAAGUUAUGUAGUGACAGUAUUUAUCUUGCCUGUCACUAUAGCAACUGUUUGUUCUGGACUUAGGUAGCUAGUUUGCUUGUUUUCUGCAGAAAUAUAUGAAAGAUCAAUCCAUUUAUACCAUUUGAGCAUCACUGGUUUUGUACCAUUGACACUAAAAUACAGUGCAGUAAAUGGUAAGCUUUUUUUCCCCUCCUAAUAACAAUAGUUUUUUAAUUCAUACAUUCACCACAUAACUUGGAAAUUCUCUUUCUAACUCAUCACAUUUAGUUAAAUGGUUUUUAAAUAUAAAUACUUUGUGCAUUUCCAGUUCAGCAGAAUUGCAUAUUUUGUAUCAAAACUGUUUAAGGUAGAUCAUAUUUUGCUAGCAGAUACAUUUUAGUAGCCUAGCUCUCUCUAGAACUCUUCAGUUCUCCACAUCUACCCUUAGUUCAUCUGUUCAACCUGAGAGAAUUUAAUUUCUCCAAGUUAAUUUCCCAUGCAGGCCCUCUGAGCUCCAAGCACAAUCCACGGAGUCGGGUCUGAUGAAUAAUGCAGCAGGUUUAAUUGCAAGAGCCAGAAACUAAUGAUUUUGGACUGGUUAACAGCAGGGGAACCAUACAUCUCUGCAAACUGAAUGAAAAAUCAGUUUUUUUAAAAAAAGGGAAUAGGGGAAAACGCUAAUUGAUGAAUAAUUAAAGCUUCAGCUACAGGGCGUAAUUGUGACAUUUUAUUUCAAUCAGUUUUGAAGUACAGGGAAAAGUGUACUAAAGAAAGUCAUGACAACUCUGAGAAUGUCCAGUGCAAAAGAAGGAUUGAGUCACUUAAUUAUACAGUCUUCAGUCAAACUCUGUUACUACACUGGAAUAGAAAUUUUAUCUGAAGAAACAGGUGGACAAAAUAGGCAGACUGUGUUGGAUAACAUUUUUUCUUUGUUAUUUUACUGGAUUAAAAAUGUACUGUUUAGAUCAGAAUACUUUGUCAGAUGAACAAUAUUAAAUUUGUUAUUUCUUUUCUUUUUUUUUGGUCACUUAUUGGCUUAUUUCCUUUUUCUUUUCCUGAAAAUGUAAAAUAAAUGCUAGCCUUUAAAAAAGACAUCCCCCAUUAAAUAUUUCUC